UAAAGCUUAGUUAUUUAAUCCUGUGAGGAAGAACAGGAGUUAUAGAAAAUGGAUGAUUGAAAUUAGAAGGCCUGUUUUUUGACUUCUGUUUUUGUAUCUCUCUAUAUAUUAAUAUCUUUCUCAGUGCCCCAAACCAAGUGAAGUCUUGUUUUGGGACAAAGGUAGGCAGCAGCUGGGACUCACAACCAUCACCAUUCACCACCGUAAUUUUGAAGAAAGUCCCUUGGUGUUGGUAGUAAAAGAAGCUCUUGUUUUCAAUACCCAAAGAUGGGAAGGGCUCCUUGCUGUGACAAGGCUAAUGUGAAGAAAGGACCCUGGUCGCCUGAAGAAGAUGCAAAGCUGAAAGAGUACAUAGAGAAACAUGGAACUGGAGGAAACUGGAUUGCUCUCCCACAAAAAGCCGGUCUUAGAAGAUGUGGGAAAAGUUGCAGAUUAAGAUGGCUUAACUAUCUCAGGCCUAACAUUAAACAUGGAGAAUUCUCUGAUGAUGAAGAUAGGGUAAUCUGCGCUCUAUUUGCAAGCAUUGGUAGCAGGUGGUCAAUUAUAGCAACACAUUUGCCAGGCAGGACUGAUAAUGAUAUCAAGAACUACUGGAACACAAGGCUCAAGAAGAAACUUUUUGGCACGGUUCCCCAAUCUCAAAGGAUACCUCAUCACAUUCACCAUGCUAGCUUCUCAUCUCUUCUUCAAUCAUCUUCACCUUCAUCCCCAUCACCUUCGUCAACAAUACUCCACAAUUGCAGGAACAACACCUCUCACCCAACAGCUAGAUCUUUUUCAGGCUUUGAGGUGUCAUAUUCCUCAAGUUUUUCAAACAGCAGUGCUUCUUGUAUAACUGCUGCAUCAGUUCUUCAACCCCAGGAGAGUUUAUUGGGUCCCAUGCAGCAGUAUCAGCUGAAGGAUGGUCUCCAAAUGUUUGGAGGUGAAGCUAGUAGUAGUUCUUCUGAUGGGAGUUGCAGCAACCAAAUCAACCAAGGCAAAGAGUUAGAGCAUGAAUAUGGUGGUGCCCCAGGUAGCAAUGGUGCAAAUAACGGUGAUCAACAAAUUGGCAUGCAUAGUUAUUUCUACAAUGAAGCUAAUGAAAGCCAGAAGCUCAUGGCAUCAAACGGAGGUGGGGCUGAUGGAUGGUCUGAGAAGUCAUCCAAUGGAUUGUUUGGUGAAACACCAUUAGAUUAUGGGCUUGAAGAAAUUAAGCAGCUAAUUAGUACUAGUAGUUGUAACAGCUUUAUUUUUUAUGAAAGCAAGGCAGGGGAAAAAGUUAUGUACUAUUGACCUGACUAUGACUGUGUGUAAAAUCAGAUGGAUUUGAACUCUUAAGGGUGAAGGGUGGGAAAGGGCUAAAGACUUUCAGAUUAAGACUGAUCUAUGUGAGGAGGAUGUAGAUUUCUGAUGGAAACAGUUUUUUUACAGUACAUGGUAAAAAAGCUUCCUUGGUGCAUUAUGUAAUUUGCUAGUACCCAUAGUUUAACUGCAAUAUUCAGAAUAAUUCAUUAGAUCAUUUUCAAGCACCAAACUUGAAAACUAAGCAUACAACUUCUUUAAUCUAAUUUUUAAUCAACUUCCCAUUUCUAAGAUGUUUUUUGUGUCUUCUUUUAAAUGAAUUUUCAUUUAUUAACUUUAA